GCUUGGAGCAGAUGUCUGUCGGACAGUAGCGGCGGGUGCACGCACGGAUCGGGAGACAUGGGCUCACUGUGAUUAUUUCUCCUUUGAUAAGAAACCCCGCUUUUGUCGGAUUCCACUUUAUAUUCCGCGCGUAGUGUCUCAACAGGACUUGGUGUGUGCUUGGUCUCAAGCGUCGCUGAGUGUGUGGGUUUUUUUUUUUUUACACAUCCAUGCUUUUAUCACAGUCUUUGUAUGAGAUGAGACUGGAUUAGGAUCUUCGCUGUUGUAAAGAGAGGCUAAUUUAGGCUGCAGCCUAACUUUGCGUGUUCUCGGGGCAGUGAUGUCUCGGGUGGACUACAUUGCGCCUUGGUGGACUUACUGGCUUCAUAAUUUCCCUCAUAUCAACCUGAGGUUUCAGCCCAUUGACAACAGCUUCCAGCCCGAGGACGAGAACUACCAGCAGUCUCUCAUAUUCCUGACCUGCGUGGUGGCCGUAGGGCUCGGCUUCAACCUGCUGUGUCUGGCCAUCUACCUGAGCUGUUUAUGCUGCUGCCGCAAAGAUGAAGAGGAGGAGAGCAAGAAGCCCAACUCCUGCUGCGUCACCUGGUCCGCGGUCGCCGCCGGCCUCAUCACAUGCAUCGCAGUGGGUGUGGGUUUCUAUGGCAACAGCGAGACCAACGAUGGCGUGUAUCAGUUGACCUACUCCAUGUACAACGCCAAUCACACACUAGGUGGUGUGGACAGUUUGGUCACCGGCACCAUGGGCAGCAUGAAGACUGGUCUGCACCAGCACCUCGCAAGGCUGGACGAGAUCUUUGCCACACGGGGGGACUAUGUACAGACCCUGCAGUUCAUGCAGCAGAUGGCUGACAAUGUGAUUAAACAGAUGCUGGGUCUGCCUGACUGGGAGGAGGCUACAGUGGACCUGGCAACCAUCGCUGAUCAAACAGCAAACAUAGAAUAUUACAGAUGGCUCACCUACCUGCUGCUGCUCAUCCUGGACCUGAUCAUCUGCCUGCUGGCCUGUCUGGGUCUGGCCAAGCAGUCUCGCUGGCUGCUCACCACGAUGAUGGUGUUCGGAGUGCUGACACUGGUCCUGAGCUGGACGUCUCUGGGAGUUGACCUGGCCACUGCUGUGGGCACAAGUGAUUUCUGUGUGUCUCCUGACAAGUAUCUCAUGAGCCAGACAAAGAGUACCGUCAGUGCUGAUAUUAUUCAUUACUAUCUUUACUGCAACCAGACUCUCUCCAACCCCUUCCAGCAGCCACUGACGAUCUUCCAGAGGUCCCUGACCACCAUGCAGAUCCAGAUCCAGAGUCUGCUGCAGUUUGCUGUACCGCUGUUCCCCACUGCUGAGAGAGACCUGCUCGGUAUCCAGCAUUUGCUCAAUUCCUCGGAGGCCAGUCUGCACCAGCUGACUGCCCUGUUGGACUGCAGAGGACUCAAUAAGGACUACCUGGAUGCCAUGGUGGGGGUGUGCUAUGACGGGGUGGAGGGUGUGCUCUACCUCUGCCUCUUCUCCAUCCUCACAGCCUGUGCCUUCACUGUCAUGCUGUGUGCCAUUCCCAAGGCGUGGAGACAAAUUGCCUGCAGGGAACGAGAUUAUGACGACAUUGACGAGGAGGACCCGUUCAACCCACGCGCAAGAAGAACAGGCUCGCAGAACCCGAACCACACCAACAUGCACAGCUUCUGCAGCUACAGCAGCAGCAUGGGCAGCCAGAGCAGCCUGCACCCACCCGCCCCCACCGUCUCCAACGCCCCCAUGUCAGAGUACAUGAACCAGACAGCUCUGUUUGGGGGAAAUCCACGGUACGAGAACGUGCCGCUGAUUGGACGCGGAUCUCCACCCCCUUCGAUAUACUCUCAGCAGUAUAGAAACAGAUAUUCUCCCAGCAUGAGGGCCACCUAUCUGUCCAUGACUGAGGAGCAGAGAAGACACUUUGGGAACGACUUCCAAGCAUAGACUACUUUGUCUGUCUGAGGAGGAAAACAUCCUGACAAGCAAAGACACACAUCCAAGAAGAGACGGGUGUGUGUGUGUGUGUGUGUGUUGUGUGGUUGUUCCAAGCAUCGCAAAGAACAGUGUCACAUCUACUCUGUCUCAGGACAACAGAACCAUAUCUGUACUCUCUUUUAUUUUUGCUCCCAGUAGUCUGUUGAAGGAAUGUACCCGCUCACAAGUCUUGAACUAUGAACAGUACUAUCGUUGUUGUUCAGCGCGGAGGGAAAAACAGGUGUUUACCUGAGGCCUUCGGGUUAAACGUGUUAGUGAAACAGGUGAUCUCUUUUUUUGACUAAACAGAUUAUAGGAAUGUGAGGAUUCGUAAUAUCUCGCUGCAGCAAAAACUAAACAUGUUCGCGAUAAGUAAACAAUGUGAAUCUUUGAAAAGGAGAUGUGUGCGUGUGUGUGAUAUUCCACAACCAAAAUGUAAACACGGCAUCAUAUUUUCUUGCUUCAUGCUUGAUAUCUGUGAAGCACAAACCCCCAGCACUGACAGCACACAGGAGGAGGCAAUGUUGACUCAUAAUUUAUUUACAUUCACACACAGACACGCCUGCAAGUGAAGCUUUUUGUUUCUACAUCUCUGGGGACGAGACUACCUUGCGACCAAGACCUCUGUAAAUAAAAGUAAAUGUACAAUAACUCUGUUUUUAUUUUUCUUUAAACAACGUGCCAUUUUUUUUAUAAAUAUAUUUUCUAGUUUUUUUUGUGGAAGUGUCACAUAGGAUCACUCUUUUUUGUACUUUCUAAAGGGCCAUAAUUUCUAUUGUCUGUAUAUCUAAUUCAACUAAUGCGAGAGAAAAAAAAAAAGUUGUCAUUUCUUUUUGCUGUAAGCUGUGUUGCACUAACUGUAGUCAAUGAGAAUAUUCAGGUAAUUAUUUUCAUCAGUACAUGCAACAUGGUUGAAAUGACUUAACAGUGGUUUUCUGUAGGGAUCUAAUACAUGCGGUGUAAUUUAUUAAUCCUGAUUUGUGUCGUUUCUUUUAGCAUGUGACACUGUACAGGCACCGGCCGUGGUGCUUAAUUUUGUGUGUGACCUCAAGAGUGUGACAACUCAUUGUGAGCUGAAUAAACAGGUUUUCAGUA